AUGUGCCUGGGCAGUCGCGUUGGCAGUCGGGGGCUCUGCGGUGCGGGCGUUCUCUGGUGCUGGCAGCCCGGGCGGAUGGCGCAGGCCUGGGCUGGCUUCUCUGAGGAGGAGCUGAGGCGACUAAAGCACAGUAAAGACCUCUUUGAACCGCAGCGGCGUCCCCCUGUGAAGAAAAGUCGACAACAACUUCAGCGAGAAAAAGCCCUUCAAGAGCAGAGCCAAAAACUGGGGCUGCGAGAUGGAUCAGCCACGUCACCUCCGGAGCAGCUGCUUUUGGCGCCACAACAGAGACUUUCGAAUCCAAAGCCACAUUUUCCUCCCCUUACUGCUCCUAGUCCUCUCACGCCCACCCCUCCCGUUGGUGAUGGGAGGCCACAGGGUACUGAGAGUCAACCAAGGGAACUGGGACUUGAAAAUUCCCAUGACGGUCACAGAAGUGCUGAGGUUCUACCUUCAGAUAGCAAAUCGGAGAAAAAGAAAGUGGAAUUGCAAGAAAAGUCUCGCUGGGAAAUCCUCCAACAAGAACAGCGGCUAAUGGAAGAGAAAAAUAAACGUAAGAAAGCUCUUUUGGCUAAAGCUAUUGCAGAAAGGUCUAAAAGAACCCAGGCAGAGACCCUGAAACUGAAGCGGGUCCAGAAGGAGUUGCAGGCUUUGGACGACAUGGUGUCAGCGGACAUCGGGAUCCUCAGGAACCGGAUCGACCAGGCCAGUCUGGACUACUCCAAUGCUCGGAAGCGGUUUGACAGGGUGGAAGCGGAGUAUGUUACAGCCAAGCUCGACCUGCAGCGCAAGACUGACAUUAAGGAGCAGCUCACCGAGCACCUUUGCACGAUCAUACAGCAGAAUGAGCUCCGCAAGGCCAAGAAGUUGGAGGAGCUGAUGCAGCAGCUGGAUGUCCAGGCUGAUGAGGAGUCUCUGGAGCUUGACGUGGAGGUGGAGAGACUGCUGCACGAACAGGAGGCAGAAGCAGGGAAACACAAGGUGCAUGGAGAGAGACCACUGCAGCCUUCUGGGGAGAGUGCGGCUUUAGGGUCUGCCCAGAACACAAGGCAUCAGGCACCAGCCGCUUCCCCAAAGGUGGACGGACAGUGUGAAAGUCCCGAGAGCGCUCCCCUGCGCGCUCCAGACUGCCCGAGUCAGGGGGCGAGAGCGACUGUCAGCGACGACUCGGCUGCCCCGAGCACGUGAGCACUGGUGUCGUUUCUCCCCACUGCUGGACGCAGUGCUCGGUAGACCCUCCGUUGUGGCUCUGCUGCGACCUCUGGUGAAGAGGGCCCCUGUCAAACAGCGUUAAUUUUUGGAUCUGUGAUUAGUUUUAUGCUAACGUGUUUGGCCAUUCCAAAGACGCAAAUGAUGAUAAUUUUAUACAUAGGGGCAUAGUUCACCCUAAUGUUGGUCCAUUUCCCUUAGUGUAGCCUUAUUUUGGGUAAAAUCAAGUGACUUAAAAGGGUAGAAGAAAAACUACAUGGCCAUGAGUGUUUCUAGACCAGGUAAAUAAAGAAAAGUAAAUUGAAAACUGAUAACACCUCAUCAAAAUCAUUUAACUUCCAGCAGAAGUGCUGAGACCGAGAACCCUAUGUAUGUCAUCAGUAAAGAGACGCAAAAAUUAAACGUGAAAAAGAGAGCAAGAAACAGAAAACAAGUAGUAUUUGGAUCUUACUAGAUUAUUACCUCUUUGGAUCGUACUAGAAUUGGAAACACAGCUUCACAAUUACCGGACAACUUAAGCCAACAUUACUGUUGGGUUCAAUUUGCCUCUUAAGUGGCUUUAGUUUACAACCUGAGUUUUGAUUAGUAGACACACACAAACAUAUGCACAUACAAAUAUGUCAUAUGUAUAAUUUUACUAUUAACAUAUUGUCUCCUUUAAUCACAUUGGUCAAAUUAGUGAAAGCAUUUCUGUGGUGAGGCUGCAAAUCUUGCUACAUUUUAUUAUGAAAAAAACACAUUUUCUUUCUAAUAUUUCCUAUAAAUAUGUGUUUUAUAUGUCAUACAUAAGUUAUCCUGACAUAAAGCAUUUAAAUAAUUAAAAUGAUGACUUUCUUACUGCUUUAGUAGUUUAUCAUCACUAAUACUUGACCACUACAUUGUGCUGUAUGUGAAUAUGCAAAUAAGUAUUGCAACUUUGUCACAAAAUCUGUGAAUAUUACAUUCAGUUCUGAUUGAUUAGAAAUUCCAAACAGUAAAGUCAUGCAUUUUAAGUCUUAAAAAGAAAUAAAAGAGGAUAAAGACAAAUAUUGUAUCCAUAGUAAUCUCUGAAAAAGAUUUUUUAAAUUAGUUUAAGGAUAUUAUUUUCUGAUAAUGUGGAUGAGCUCUGUAUUUUUAUAUGAUGUUAUUGACCUAGAAAUGUAGCUUUCCAUCACUGACUUCUCUAAACAGAGGCAUUUGUGUAGGUAGUGCUGUUUUUAUGUAUGAGUGACAUACGUAAACACCAAAAGCUUCAUUGUCCAAUAUGCCCCUAUUUUUCUAAGGAAUAAACAAGUCUG